UUGGGUGUACAUGUCCGCCAGUACAAUCCUGAACGGUAGACGAAAUCGCGAUGGUCGUACCAAGAUAACUAAAAACUCAUCAGAUCAUCACAUUUAGCUACAUUUUGUCAUAAUUAUGAGAGGGGAGAAAUCAAUUAAUAAAGAAAUUGUUGGUCAAAUUUAAUUUUCAUUGAUGGCUUGAUACUAUUUUCGAAAGCUAUUGACAUAAAAACAAUAACAAAAAAUGAUUCUGUUUGUAAUUUUAUGCGCCACUGGUCUUUUAUCUUUGGGACAAGCUAUCAAUCUCGACGUACAUGCUCUUUAUGGUGUCAUUCCUCAAAUGAGUGCCUCAAACAUCGCUCCUGCAGUAGAACUCGCCAUCGAAGAGAUCAAUCGUCGUGUCGAUGAUCACGGAUACAAUAACUUUUCAAUAACUGUUCAUCCUCACGUCAGUCGUUGCUUUGUGAGUUUGACAGCCAGCGCCAUUGCCGCGGAACAGUACUACAACGGCGAUGGUCGAGUGGCAGCGUUUCUUGGACCCUCUUGUAGCGGUCUAAUGAGAGGUGUUGCUGAAUUGAGUGCAAUAUGGGGCGUCCCAGUACUCUCUGGACUAACUACAUCCUUAGAAACAUCGGAGAAGCGAUUUUACAAAACAUUGACGAGAUCCACUCUUAUAUUAGCUGCAGGAUACGGCUAUGCUGUUGAGACUUUGGUCAAUCAAUUCAAUUGGGGAACAGCGGCAUGGUUAUGGAUAGGAAGAGGAUAUCAGGUGGUUCACGUUUCAGCUGGUAAACGUCGUUUCGAUGAAAUAGGCGUAACAUAUAAAGAAAUCCUUACAUUGGACUAUGCAAGCACAGAACUAGCAUUGGAAGAUACUAUUUCAUCCGCGAGAGUCAUCUUCAUGGCCGUGGAUGGAGAUACUUUACGAGAGAUCAUGCUCCAUGCCUACGAUUUAGAUCUUAUCAACGGAGACUACGCUUUCAUUAACAUCAUCCCUUUUCGAGAUGAACAGUUGUUCGGGAACGACUCAUGGAAGCGUGGUGAUGAUCGCGAUGCAGAGGCCAAGGUCGCUUAUCAAGCUUUGAUGACGAUUCGUGUUUUUGAGCCUACGUCAGAAGCUUACCGAGAGUUCGAACAAAAUGUCAUUGAAAGGCAAAAAAGAGACUUUAAUAUUACUGAUUCCGACUCUGGCUCGAAUAUCUUCUUGGCUUCUGCAUUCUAUGACGUAAUGAUAUUAUAUUCAUUGGCAAUUAAUGAAACAAUCGCUGAGGGAGGAGAUGUAUAUGACGGUCAUGCUGUUACCAAGAAAAUGUGGAACAGGACAUUCGACGGGUUAUACGGAAAAGUGAAAAUCAAUGAGAACGGUGAUCGUGAUUCAGAGUACUCCCUUUGGGACAUGACAGAUACGGAGAACGGUACAUUCGAGGUGGUUGGUAACUUUUAUUUAACAUCAUCUGGAUUGAAAUACACACCAGUCCCUGGUAAAUCAAUUAAAUGGCCAGGAGGUGCAACUGGACCUCCGAGAGAUACACCGCUCUGUGGAUUCUACAAUGAAAAUCCUGAAUGUCAACCUGACGGGAGGCUUUCAACUCUUGCCAUUUCUGGGAUAGCUGCAGCCUCAGUGAUACUCUUAUCGGUUCUUAUCCUAGUCCUUGUAUACAGGAAAAUGCGUCUAGAUGCUGAACUUCUUCGUAUGUCUUGGAAGCUGUCUUGGGAUGAACUUGUAUUUCCGGAAGAAACCAAGUCGGGACAGUCAAAGUUUUCUGGCUCUUUCGUAACCUCCAUUGGACAUGGAACAUCACAUCAGAGACAGAUGUUCGCAACUGUAGCCAACUUUAAGGGUCGACUGGUGAUGAUCAGGAGGAUUGAGAAAACCAAACUAGAUUUAACUCGGGAUGUACUAAAAGAACUUAAUUAUUUGCGUCAAGUGGAGCACAAUAACCUCGUUCGUUUUGUGGGCGCAUGCGUUGAUGCCCCAAACAUUUCAAUAAUUUCAGAGUACUGCCCCAAAGGAAGUCUUCAGGACAUCGUGGAAAAUGAGGCUUUACAACUCGACAAUAUGUUUAAGAAUUCUCUCAUUACUGAUGUUAUGCGUGGACUGCACUACCUACACAACAGUGUUAUCGUUCUUCAUGGUAGACUAUCAUCAUCAAACUGCGUGGUCGACAGCCGGUUCGUUCUCAAGCUCACUGACUACGGACUCGCCACAUUUAGAGACAUCGAUAACAGCGAAGAUCAUUCGGCAAAGAACCCACAGAAAAUGCUAUGGAAAUCUCCCGAAAUACUGAGAUCACCCGAUCAACAGCCAACUCAGAAGGGCGACAUCUAUAGUGUCGGUAUUAUCAUGCAAGAAAUCGUCUCAAGAGCGCGCCCAUUCGAGGAAGAAAGAAACACAAUGGAAAUAGAUGAAAUCAUUAAGAAGCUGAAAGAGACGAAUGUGCCCCCUUUCCGUCCUAAGAUUGACCCUCAAAUGUGUACUGAUGAAAUUCGGUCUAUCAUACAAGCAUCUCCAUUAAUAACGGUGGUUGCUUUUACUUGCACGCUGUAA